GCGCCGCCGCCGCCUGUCGCCUCUCAGUGUACCUUGAGCCGCGGAAGCGGGAGGACGUACGUGCGUUGCUCUCCGGAAGGUUGAGUGGAAAGUUGUGUAUUGCAGACGGCCAAACUUGUGUUGCGGUGGCAGUGUUGCAGGAUCACCUUACCGAGUGUUGCGGAGUGUUGCAAGAUGUGAAGGAGGUGUAGAAUGAGCGCUAGUUGAGAUAAUAUUGAUUCCGUCUCUCUCUCUCCCUUAGCGAAUGAGAGGAGGGUAGAGAGAGAGAGAGAGAGAGUGAGAGAGAGGGAGAGGUGGUGUGUUGGGGUGUGUUGAUGUGCGUGUGGCGAGGAUACAAGGCGUGGGUGUAGGAUUAUGUGAUGUGUCUCUACCUGUGUCCUUUAAAACCAAAAUGAAGGAGGGAUCUAAAUAUCAGUUGCUCCUUUUCGCCUUCUGUGCCUCGAUUGUUAACGGUUCCUUCCGUUCGCCACGCAUCACGGAACACCCGACAGACAUCACGGUGCCGAAGAGCGAGCCCGCCACUCUUAAUUGCAAGGCGGAAGGGAAGCCACAGCCCGUGAUAAGGUGGUUCAAGGAUGGACAGGUGGUCAGGACCUCGCCGGGGGAUCCUAAGUCGCAGCGAGUCCUUCUGCCCACGGGAUCCUUGUUCUUCCUGCGGGUGGUGCACGGGCGGAAGGAGGACGACGCGGGCGUGUACUGGUGCCAGGCGAGCAACCAGGUGGGCGUGGUGAGGUCCAACAAUGCCACCUUAGAAAUAGCAGUGCUGCGUGACGACUUCCGCCGCACGCCCGCUGACACCGUGGUGGCUGCUGGGGAGUCUGCCUUGCUGGAGUGUGAACCGCCCCGAGGCCACCCUGAGCCCCUGGUGAGGUGGCGACGCAACGGCCAGGUGAUCAAGGUGCCCGAGUCCCACAGGCACGAGGUGGUGGACGAGGGCACAUUGCUGAUCCGUCACGUACAACAGAGUGACGCUGGCCAAUACACGUGCGAGGCUUGGAACUUGGCUGGAUCCAAGACUACGGAACCUGUUAAUCUCUACGUGCACAUCAAGCCCAGUUUCCUCCGCGGGCCCAAGGACACGGUGACGCUGACGGACAGGAAGGUGGAGUUUGAGUGCCUGGUGAACGGUGACCCCAACCCCCAAGUCACGUGGCGGCGCCUGAGAGGACCCCUGCCUGAGGACCGCACUGAAUUGCUAGAGGAUCACACCCUUAGGAUCUCCCGAGUGUCCCCUGCAGACGAGGACACGUACGUCUGCGAGGCUGUCAAUGUGGUGGGCACGGCGAGGACCAACGCCACACUUACCGUCUAUACGGCGCCAGAGUUCUUGGUACGACCCCAAGACGUGAGGUCCAGCGUGGGGUCAUCAGCGGCGUUCGAGUGCCUGGCGGUGGGUCGUCCUCCCCCGUUAGUGGUGUGGAGCCGCCAGGACAACCACAACCUCCUGCUGCCGCGCCAGGACACGCCUACAGGGGAACCAGACGACCAACCCAACGUAUGGGUGAACGCUGAGGGCACCCUUAUUAUCAACCAGGUGACUCGGGCGCUGGCUGGCUGGUACUCUUGCGCCGCUGUGUCCGCCGCGGGUUCCCUCGUGGCACGCGCCCUGCUGGAUGUGCCCGCUCCCACCCUCCACCCGCCGCCCGUCAUCGCCCUCCGCCCGCGCAACGUGACAGUGACUCCUGGGGGCGCGGCGGUGCUGGUGUGCCGGGCGGAGGGCGAUCCAGUCCCUAGGGUGACGUGGGGCAGGGAUGGGAGUGCCCUGCCGGAGGACGACCCGAGGAUCAUUGUGUUGGACUCAGGCACACUGCAGAUCGACGCCACCACGGAGGAGGAUGCUGGCCAGUACUCCUGCAGCGCCUCCUCCUCUGCGGGCACCACCUCCGCCCACGCCUUCUUGCAAGUGGUCCCGCCCGACAGCCCCGCCGCCGCCCACGUCACGCCCUCGCCAGAUCCUAAGGACCUCCCUAGCGCCCCCUCCGCUCCUGUCCUCCGCGCCCGCAACGCCACGUCCUUAACUGUAGCGUGGGGCGCCCCUGACCAGGAGGGAGGGUCGGCAAUCACUAGUUAUAUUCUGGAGGUGUGGGGCGGCGCUGGGUCGUGGCGGGAGCUAGAGGAACACGUGCCAGCUACGACAUACACCCUUGCAGGACUCAACCCCAACACGCAGUACCGGGCCGUGGUCAGAGCAAUGAAUAUGCAUGGGAUGUCAGAGGCUUCGGUAGUGUCGGAUCCUCUGCUGACGAGUGGGCUGCCAGAGGGAGUGGGCGGGGUGGGCGGGGAUGGGCAGAAUGACGAGACGCAGGUGAGGGCGGUCCUGUCCCACCCACUCGUUACCCUCCUGCCGCCCACGCCUGUUUCCUCCACCUCCAUCAGACUGACGUGGAAGGUGAAGGAGUAUGGGGAUUACAUCGAGGGCUUCUACGUGAGAUACCGUGACCUGGACUCAGCCCCCCACGUGUUCCGCUCAGAGAAGGUGGGUCGCGGUCCCCCCGAGGCUGUCACCCUUACGGAGCUGUCCAAGUACACGCAGUAUGAGUUCUUUGUUGUCCCCUACCACGGCGCCAUCCACGGCCACCCCUCCAACUCCAGGAUGGCCAGGACGAAGGAGGACGUCCCGUCAGCGCCUCCUUCGGGAGUGGAGAGCCUGGUAUUGAACAGGACGAGUGUGGUGCUGUCGUGGCGCGCGCCCUCCGCAGCACACACCAACGGGAGAGUGACACGCUUUUCUCUAUGGCUUUUCCUUAACAAGACACAACCCCACUCCAACCUGACGGUGCCUGGAGGACAGCACAGCCUCACCCUGCACAACCUAACCUACGGCGCCCUUUACACCGCCUCCGUGGCUGCCUUCACCAAGGCAGGACAGGGGCCGACCAGCGGGGGACACACGUGGCUGCAGGAUCCUUCGGCAGGCGCGGGCACAGACGAGGCUAGGCGGGUCACCUCACCUCUCCUGGCGGUGCUGCGGGAGACGUGGUUCAUUGGAGCAGUAGGGGCGGCUGGCUUCGUUGCCCUUGCUGUCUUUGUUACUGUCGUUUUCUAUCGGCGCAAGAAGAAUGAAAAACGAGUAAUGGGAGGCUACAAGAUGGACGGCAGGGGAGUGAACGGAACAAUGACGGGUGGACUGUGGAUCGAGCGAGGGCCGUGGGGUUCCUCCUCCGCCAACACUGAUGACAAGAACGACACCACCCCAGAGAAACUACUCAAUCUGAACGCCAUGCCAGCUGACUAUGCAGAGGUGGACGGCCCCGGUGCCCCCCUCAUGCCACAGCCCCACCAGGCACUGCAGCAGGCACCCCCAGGCACUCCUGUCGCCUAUGCUACUACCAACAUCCUUCGCUCCAGGAAUGGCGAGAAGGUGGAGCCCAACAUCCCAGUGUAUGGGGGAAGCAUGUAUGGGGACAACACUGCCGUCACUCACUCACAGCCUGAUGACAACCUGGUGGUGUAUUGCACUCUUAAGAAGCAACAGCUGUACAAGCCCGCACUCUCCCCUGCACUCAACGCUAAGCAGCCCCACCCUGUGGUGCAGCGUGGGUACAUCCCCCCCUGGGAGCAGCACAACCCCCCGCCCCUCCCUGAGCACCCCCCACCUGACCACCACCAGCAGCACCCAGCACCCCCCACCUCCCAGGCCCAGUGGAGGCACCAGUCACCCAUGGUCAACCGCGCGCUGGCAAGACAGAUCACCACCGGCUCGCUGCCCCGCCAGCUCAACAAGAGGAAGGCGUCUCCUUCUGUGCCGAAACGAGGCCUCAACACUGGUGACUUUGAUGUGUUGGGCGGCAGCGGCAGCGGCGGCGGCAGCAGUGGCGAUGACCUCCCGCCUCCCCCCAGUGACCUCAUCAUCCCAGCAACGCCUCCCCUGCGCAAGGACUCUGGCGACUCCCUGGGGUCUGUCGGCGUGGGUCUCCAAGGGCUGCAGGGGCUGAGUGGGUCCCGCAUGAUGGGGGCCCCCGGAGCACCCCGCCUGGCCCGCGACUACAGCCCUGGCCGCCUGCCAGAUAUGUACGGGGGUGGCUCAGUGUACCAGGGGCCCAUUGAUGAGGUGGAGGAGAGUGACGGCACCUACAAUGACGGGAACAUCUACACCGACAACAGUGCCAUGUAUGAGUCCACCUCGGCCUUCUACGGCAAGAUGGGGGACAAGAUGUUUGCCGCCGAUGCCACAAACCCUCUCCUGGCGGCACAGAAGGGCACCUACCAGCAUGGCAGCCUCCCACACCAUGCCAGGCAGCUCAACGGCAUCAAGGAGCACAGCAUGAAGCAGAACUUACAGUUGCACCAUGACUCCCUCACCAGCCCGCCCUCACUCAACCACCACACCCAGCCACAGCCCCUCCCGCGGUAACCUGCUGGGGCCGCGCAUGGAUUCUUCUCAGCCACGGUCUGCUCUCUGUGGGCUAGAGGGAAGGUGAAGGCCGCAAAAUGUGUAUAACCAAGGCUAGGGUAUGAGUGGUGGUGGUGGUGGUGGUGGUGGUGGAUGAUAUAGUGACUAAGUCCGCAUCAGACCAAUACUACUGUCAAAUUUGUGGCAUUCUCUUGUGUAUUCUUUAAGUGUGUGUGUGUUUGUGUGCUUGUAUGGGGAUGGCAUUUCUCAAACAUUUCAGCAUCUUAUCACAACCACCAAAAGGCUGCAGUGGGAGUUAUUGGAGGCUGUCAGUGGUGUUCUCAGGAUUGGAGUGGUUGCUUAAUGAGAAUUCUGCAUCGUCAAUCAGAAGAGACGCCUUUGAAAAGCUGAAUAAUCAUCUCAGUGGCUCCUGGAAUUUGUGAUGAAAAGUAUUUGAGAAUGCAGAGUGGAGUGUGUGUGUGUGUGUGUGUGUGUGUGUGUGUGUGUGUGUGUGUGAUUGAGUGAGAGAUGUGUGUACCUUCUUCCAGUCCCCAUGAAGGGUGCAAGAGGUACUUCCUAGAGGCUGUUGGUGCAUUCAUUACAAUGUUCACCUUGUGUAGUGUGUGUCACAGGUAGCCACCAGGUACACAUAUCAGGUACCUUUGUUACUUUAUUAUGUAAUGGUGAUCAAAGCUAACUAUAAUCUAGUCUAGUUAUAAGGAAAGAAAAAUCUCAGAAAUCUAGCAGUGAAAAUGUGAAAAAAAAAAAUGGAUGAGGUGACCUGUCUUGAUUCUCUUAAACCAGAGUUUCCAAACCUGCUGUGAUUGCAAAGUUACAAACCAGUGAGGCUAAGCUGGCAGCACAUGGCUGGCAGUGGCACUAGUGUUGCUUGUCAAGAGGCAAAGGAAUUAAAUACCUAUUGUAGUAAACUGGAGACAAGAAAUAACUACACAUUCUUUUACCUCAUACAUAGAAGAGAAAACCUGUUCUUCGUUAUCUAAUUUCAUUGUGAGAACCGCUACAGUGUAGUGGACUUUCUAGUAUAUUGAUAUACAUACUAUCCUAUACAUAUAUAUAUAUAAAUAUAUAUAUACACCUAAAUAGUCGCUUUGAGGCUUGUCUGAGAUGUUUCUGUGGUGAUAGCAAGUGUCUACCGUAGCGCCGUCUCUCAAUAUACAUAGUAACUUCCCGAGGGGAGUCUCUGUGUUGGUCCAGCCGAGGGUGUCUUCCUGGCCGCUGCUCGCCCCACCCGGCGCGGGAGACUGCAUCUGUGGCCUCAGAACAAUGUGUGUGCAUGUGUGUGUGCCGUGUGUCUGUGUGUCGCGGCAUGCUAGAGGACGUAGCAUCAGACGGCCUUGCCUUGUAUCUGUACGACAAGGGACCAGGUGUGUGUUGGUGAGGCGAGCACCUGUGUGGUGUUCCCAGGCCACCAGGUGACCAGGCCACAGGGAGGGCUGGCUGCAGCACGCUUUGUCAUGCCACCUGUGCUGCUUGAUGCAUUCACCUCAGUAUCUUUGUGAUUCUAACCCACAUUUCCCAUCAUUGAUCAUCCAUACCCCAACAGUGAAGGGAAUUUAAAUAUUUUAAAUCUGACAUUACUUGACCAUAUCUCUCACAUUAGUUAAGAGAUUAUCAAGUAGCGUUAUAUUUAAUUUAGAAAUACCCCGCACUGUAGGAGUGCUGGAUGUGAAGGUGGUGAAGAAUGCGAGUUAGAAUCUUAAUUUCAAUGUUCACUUCAGUCUGUUUAUCAAAAUGUAAUCUGCCAGAGUGACAACACCCUGACACCACUUCCCAAGGCAACAGAACACGCCGCAAGUUUACUUGGCACGGCGUGAACACAAGGCCCGGGAACACUUGCCCCACAGCACACAACUGGCUCACUCUGUACCUAAUGGACAUAUCUUAGAGUAAUGUCCUCUUAGUCUGUUCAAGUGUAUCUAUUGUCAGUGUCACUUGUUGAUAUCUCAUUAAGCUGAGUUGAGUGAAGGCUAAACGUAUUUCAGUUAAGUUACAGCUAAAAGUCUCUCAUUAUGCAGAGUGGAGGCUUAAAGUGUCUCAUUUAAACUGUUAAGUCACAGGUGAAAGUGUCUUGCUAUUAAUUAAUUCAGGUUUGAUGCAAGUGUCCAUGACCGUGUUAAUCAUAAUCUUGGUUCCCACGACACAUAUCAAGGAGGAAGUGGGGCACGAGUCACUCCUCAGACCUUUCUGUGUGCAUUGCUUUUGUUGUGUGGAAGAAUUUGUGUUCAGAAAGACCUUAGUUUAUUUUUCAUGUAGAGUUUUUUUGUACAAAAAGAGACUUGCCAAAUUAAUCACUAAAUGAUUUUGGUUAAUUAUGCAGUUUGUUCAGUGAUGAGAAAUCUGGUGGUGUUCUUUGGUUGAUUAUAUUAUUGGAUAAAAUGCAGUUAUGUUAAUUUUAUCAAUUUACUUGAAUAUUAUUAAUUUUCAUUAUAUUGCUUUAUUUUUUUUAUUUUAGUGCAUUUUAUUUAUUUAUAUAUUUUGUUUUGUUGUAAUAUUCAGAUGUUUGUAAUCAAGCACUGUAUUUCUCAUUUUGCUUAAUAUUCUGAUUUUGUAACUAAGUAUUGUAUGAUUUUUGUUUAAUACUCAGUUCAGAUGUGUUGCAUUAUUGUACCACACUUUGUGGAGGUCUGGUUCAAUAUUCUGAUUAACAUUUAAGCUCUUUUAUGUUUAGUUAUAUUCAUUACAUUAUAUUUAACUCUUGUAUUGGAAAAAAUACUCCCUUUGUUGUGUUUCAAGCUUUGUAUGUAGAGUGAGGUGCUAAAGUUUUGCUAAUGACUAUGACAGUGCGAUGAGUCCGUUCUGAGCCGAGCCGAGCCGAGCAUCGCAAGCCACAUAUCCCAUUGUGAUAUCCCAGAAUACUCGCAUCUUUCGUGUGGAAGUCUUUGAGUCAGUCGUGUCAGGAGUGGAGUGCGGCUCACCCAGAAGUUCAAGGCAGAGAAAUAUUUUGCUGGUUUCUUUUUGAGGAUGUUUUUGUAGGCUGCUUUUUGUUUGUGGUGCAGAGGCGGCUGUGUCUUGCUUUGCUGUGGUGUGCUGGGACAUUAUUGUGAUGCUGCUGAGAGGGCAAGGCAGUGCCAUACCUAACCCUGGCCCUGGAUUGUGUGUGUGUGUGUGUGUGUGUGUGUGUGUGUGUGUGUGUGUGUGUGUACAUAUGCAUGUGUGCAUAUAUCAUUUAUUUGCAUUUCUGCAGGAUUGAUUCAAGGUUAUCUCCCUUUUUUUCUGUUACAACUUCAUCAUGUUUCUCUUUAUAUUUAUGUAUGUGUAUUGUUUGCACACACCACCUCCUCUGGUAAUUAAUUUCUCUGACCUAUUGCUCUAUUUGUUAAUUAUAUCUGCACAUUAUCUUCCCUUGCAUUGUUAAGUUUGCUGUUGUAUCCUCUCCACAUUGGGUCUCCUGGUUAACAAGUCUUCUACAUCUGUCUUUUCCCUUUUCCUGACACAUUUCUACAUCACAAUCACAACUUCACUUUUUCAUCUUUCAUUCAGAUUCAGCACCUUUGACUUAUCUAUUCUUCCUUCACAUUUUAAACCUUUAAGACUUGUUCCUCAUUUUUGCUGCUGCUCUCUGUAUUUUUGUACUUUUCUGUACUUCCUUAGUAUCAUGUAUCUUUGUGUGUGUGUGUGUGUGUGUGUGUGUGUGUGUGUGUGUGUGUGUGUGUGUGUGUGUGUGUGUGUGUGUGUGUGUGUGUUGCACCACUGGGCUCCCAUCUAAACGGGACACACAUAUCACUGGAUUCUCUUCUUACUCUUCCAUGUCAUAUCUCAAUGAUUAUAUACUAACCUAACCUAAGCGUACAGAAUGCACCAUGCGUGUGUAUGUGUGUGUCUGGCGUGGCAUGGCAUGGUGGCAUGGCGUGGGGCAUUGCUAUAAUGUAAGGAGUCUGUAGCUGAGCGAGGGACGGACUGGGUCUCCCUCGCCACGCCCAAGACAAUAAGGUUAACCGAUAUAUUCACUUCUAUUUAUUAUUGUUAUGAUUAACACUAGCUACCAACUGGUUCCUUGUAGCAUCUGUUUAAGAAAUAAAGGGUCACGCUCUCCAACAUUUCACUGUGUCAUCUUGGACACUUGACAGACUGCAAUGGAAUUUGAGGUUUUCAAGAGUGUUUUCCUGAGUUUAGUGAUAGAAGGAUUGUGCAUCACCACUGGGAAACAAAACACCCAUGAGAACCUGACUGACCAUGUGUGGCCUUUGAAAGCAGUCCUGAUGAGAGAGUGAAGUGUUCUGGAAUGUGUGCCGGAGUAUCAAGUGUCCCUUUUGGAGGAUUUGACAGAGGACUGAAUGAUCACAAAUACUCAUCUUCCAGUGUGUGUAACAAGGAAGGUAGAAAUUAAUGGGUAGGAGGAGUUUUGUACUUUCUAAAGGCCUCGUAUCUGUAACCACUGAAUGAAUACUCAAUUUUGUAAGCCAUAAACACAUGUACCACUCUUGAAGUGCCAGCAUUGGCAGCUGUACAUAUGGUAAUGUUGCGUUGUGUUUGUGUUGGUGUUUUGCUGCGUCGCUUGUGUUUCUUAGUAACUCCUGGUUUGAGUUUGCUUGUUUUAUCUGAAGGUUGCCAUGGAUAGCUACUGCCUUUAUGAUACUUUUGUCAUGUGCUACAGUUCUGGUUAUUUCCCCGUGUUAUUUUCUGUGUUACUUUGUGUUACGUGAUCGGCGGUAAGGAAUUCAGCGUUUGCUUUCCUUUCCCUGUGCCGCCACUGCUGCAGCCAAGCAGUGUUGGUGCUGCCGCCCCCCACACACCGGGGGGCAGCACCUUCCCUUCACAUUUGAUUUGUAAAUAUAGCAGUUUCAUUUGUAAAUAAUGUAUAUUAUGUACAUUUUUACAUAUUUGUAAAUGAGAAUUAAAAGAUACCAAAGAUU